CGCAGCCAAUGGCGGCGCGGCUGCGCCGGGCCCCGGCGCGCCCCCGCCCCGCCGAGCCGCGUCCGCCCCAAACAAUGAAUGGGAGCGGCGAGCGCUGAGCGCGGCCCCCGGCGCGGAGGGCAUCGCUGCCCGGCCGGCCACCCGGCAAGGAUGCCGAGGGCAGGGCAGGCGCGCCGGUCCCUGGGGCUGCCGCGUGUCUUCUCCUUCUGUUUGUUCUUGCACAGCUCCUCCGCUCAGAUCCGGUACAGCAUCCCGGAGGAGCUCACCCGGGGUGCCUUUGUAGGCAAUAUCGCAAAGGACCUGGGCACCGAUGUGGCGAAGCUGGCGGCAGCUAAUCUGCAGGUACUGUCAGAUUCGGAUUCCCAGUACUUCUCUGUCAAUGUGAACACCGGUGUUAUAAUGGUCAGCGAGCGGAUAGACCGGGAGCAGCUCUGCGGGCAGAACCCACGCUGCUUCCUCCACUUGAAACUUGCCAUCGAGAACCCAGUGGAAUUUUACCGCAUUGAGGUGGAGAUCCUGGAUAUCAAUGACAACCCCCCGGAGUUCCCUAGUGAUGAGGUUUCCCUGCGCAUCUACGAGCUGGCGUCUCUGGGUGCCCGCUUCCCCAUCCAGCCUGCCCAGGACCCUGACGUGGGCACCAACACCUUGCAGACCUAUCACUUGAGUGCCAAUGACAACUUCAACCUCAAUGUGAAGGCACGCACUGAUGGUGGGAAGUUCCCUGAGCUGGUGUUGGAGCGGGCCCUGGAUCGGGAAUUCAGAGCUUUCCAUCACUUGGUCCUGACUGCUGAAGACGGGGGCUCUCCCCCACAGUCCAGCAAGAUACGCAUCACUAUUCAGGUCCUGGAUGCCAAUGACAACCACCCUGUCUUUGACCGACCAUCAUAUGGAGCCCGCUUGGUGGAGAACUCGCCGCUGGGCACCCUCGUGGUGAAGUUAAAUGCCACCGAUGUGGACGAAGGACCCAACGGAGACAUCCGCUACUCCCUCAGCAGCCACAACUCGGCUGCCUUACGCCAGAUCUUCGCCAUCGAUGAGCAAACUGGAGAGAUUCGUGUCCAGGGCAACCUUGACUUCGAGGAGGCGACGGUGUACGAGAUCGAAGUGGAGGCCAAGGACAUGGGGUCGCCCACGAUGGAGGAGCACUGCAGUGUGGUGGUGGAAGUCACUGAUGUGAAUGACAAUGCACCCGAGGUCAUUCUUACCUCCUUCUCCAGCUCCCUGAGUGAGGAUGCACUGCCGGGCACAGUGGUGGCUGUGAUACACGUCAGAGACAGGGACUCUGGGGAGCAGGGCAAGGUCCUGUGCCACGUGUCACCAGAUCUUCCCUUCCAGCUGCGCAAGGACUACGAGCACCAGUACUCACUGCUAACCAGCACCCGUUUGGACCGGGAACAUGUUGCCUACUACAAUGUCACCGUCUCUGCCUCGGACCUGGGCAAUCCCCCACUCUCCCGCCACACCAUCUUGCCAAUCACCCUGACAGAUGUCAAUGACAACGCUCCCCAGUUUGAGCAGGCAUCCUAUGAAGUGCUGGUGGCAGAAAACAAUCCAGUGGGGAGUGUGCUGGUUACGGUCUCAGCUGCUGACCCUGACUCGGAGCAGAAUUCCCGCCUCUCCUACUCCAUCCUGCGAGCUGGUGGGACAGAUCCAGGCCUGGAUCCUACUCGCUACCUCUCCAUACAUCCCACGAGUGGGCAGGUCACUGCCAAGUUCCCUUUUGACUAUGAGCAAACCACCUAUCUCCAGUUCCAUGUGGAGGUCUCUGAUGGUGGCUCCCCGGCCCUGAGGAACAGGACGCUGGUUCAUGUUUUUAUAGUGGACCAGAACGACAAUGCCCCACAGGUGCAUUUCCCCAGGGCUGGGGAGGACUCUGCUGCUCAGUUCCGCAUUUCCCCCUCCAUCGCGCCUCCUGCUCUCAUCACCAAGGUGGUGGCAAUAGAUGCAGACUCGGGGCGCAAUGCCUGGCUAUCCUACCACCUCGUGGAAGCCACAGACCUGGGGCUUUUCAGCGUGGCCCUGCGUUCCGGGGAGGUCCGGAUCACACGGGCUCUGCAGGACACGGACGCCUCUGCGCACGAACUGCUGGUGGUGGUCCGGGACGCCGGGGAACCCCCACUCUCCACAGCCGUCACUCUGGUGGUGCUGGUGGAGGAGAAGGGUCCAGAGGCCCUGCAGGGCUCCGAGGGUCGGGCUGCUGACGGUGGGGGAUUGCCCACUAUUACGCUUUACCUGAUUGUAUCCCUAGUGCUCAUCUCCACCGUCUCGCUGGUGGGACUGGCGGUGCUGGGCGUACGGUGCCUCCGGCGGGGCUCUGCACCUGCCAACCAGGGCUGCUGCGUGGAGAGCGUGAACACGCUUCAGCCCCCUCCCAGCCACAUUUUUGGGCACUUGCACUAUGAGCCUAAGCAAGGGGACACCGUGAUGGGCGUGCAGGUGACGGCAACAGCUCCCCCCGCCCCGCGUUACCGCUCCUGCUUCUCGCCGGUCUCGGAUAUCAGCGAGUUCAUGUUUGUGAAACCCUGCGCGGAUCCUCCUCCCCUGUACAGCGAGCAAGCUCAGCCCAACACAGACUGGCGCUUCUCUCAGACCCAGAGACCUGGAACAAGUGGCUCCCAGAAUGGAGAGGAAGCUGGAGCCUGGCCGAACAACCAGUUUGACACGGAGAUGCUCCAGGCCAUGAUCCUGGCUUCAGCAAACGCUGCUGAUGGCAACUCGACCCUGGGCGGCGGGAAUGGCACGAUGGGGCUGAGCGCCCGCUACGGCCCCCAGUUCACCCUGCAGCACGUCCCCGACUACCGGCAGAACGUUUACAUCCCGGGCAGCAACGCCACCCUCACCAACGCCGCCGGCAAGCGCGACUCCAAGAACGCCGCCCCCGCCGCCGGCAACAAGAAGAAAUCCGGGAAGAAGGAGAAGAAGUAGAGAAGAAGAAGAAGGAGACCUUAGAGCUACAGGGCAGCCGGCUCCAGCACUCCCCCCCCAAAAAAGAAACCACAGCCCAGGCCGGAGGACGAAUGUGAAUUUUUAUUUUUAUUUUUUUUGUGACGCAAAAGUAGGAAAUGCUGCGAAUGUAUCUCGUCAUCAUCAGGUCUGGGAGCAGGGACUCGCUGCUCUUAGACCUCGUGAUGGAAACCGAUCUGGAAGCUCAACCGAACACAAACAAGUGCCCUGUGAAUAAUGUUUUAUACGAUCCCUUGGGUAUUAGAAUAUGCAAGGGCGGAAGGUCUUUUGCCACGUCUUUGGAUCCGAUUUGCUCCCAGGUAGUCCGAGGCUUUGUGCUCGGCUUUGCCCAAUGUAAAUAAUUUUAACGUGGAUCUUAUAAUUUAUAUAGCCCUUCAAUCAUUUUUUUUUGGAAUGGAAAAGGAAGGUCUUAGCUUAGAGCCCACGCUCCAAUUCUUUGCUCUUAAAUUUUCCAUUCAUAAAAUUCACCCCCCUCCCGCCCCAGUUAAUGGUAGUGAUGGAUUUUGGAAUUUGGAAGUUGGUAGGGAGUGCUUCAGUUCCUGCUUACCUGUCACCCAGAAAAAAAAAAAGUGUUUAUAUUGCAUGAGUCAAAGGGAAUAUGGCAAAGCUGCAUCCUAAACAUUUUUUUUUUGUUAGUUUAUUUGUUUGGGGUUUUUUUUAAAAGUGUAACCACUAAUGGCCUGAAACAUGAGAAGUGAAAAGCCCUCCUGAUGUCUGAGAGGCAGGGAAUUCGAUAAGGAGCGUUGCCGAGGUGUGCGGCAGCUGCCCCGGCGGUUCUAGGGGUCUCCGAAGAGCAGACACAUCUCAAACCUUCUUUGCAGUAAAUAUUUAUAUGUACAGUCGAUGUUCUUAUGGAAUUAAGGCUAAGAGAGCCUCGCUCCCCUUGCGGCCGGGCGGGUGCCCGGCCGGGUCCCCCGCCCGAGGGGACACAUGGGGACGACGCUUCACGUCUCUGCACAGUGUCUGCAUGCACGUCCCUCACCUCACACCUGCACUAGCGCAGUAGCUCCACGGACCCGGAGAAGUCCUCGCAUGCCCACGCAGCGUGGUGUGAACGCGCCGGCAGCCGCCCGAGCCCCCGCGCCGGGGCUGCCUCGGGGGAAAGGGGGUGGGAGGGGGUGGGGUGGGUCAGGUGGGGUGGGGAAACUCCUUGCUUCUUAUUUGGGCCCCAAAAGGGUAAUUUGGGGUGAUAAGGCAGUUUUUUUUAUAAGGCGGUUGUUUUGUGGGGGUCUCGCCCAAAGGGGUGGGAUCCGCAGAGCUGCCCGUGCAUGGCUUUGGUGCAGAGUUGGUGAUUGAGUAAGUGAUGGUUGUUUUGGUGGCGUUUGGGGACCAGAUUCAGAGAAGGGACCCAAAAGCAGGGGGUGAUGCUGCAAAACUGGGGGCAAUAACUGGGGGAGUGUCGAAUGAGACCAUGUAGGGCCAGCCUGGAAGAAGUGAUGCUCCCGCUGGCUUUGGGCUUUCCACCCCAUGGAGAGAAUCAAAGGAUGAGGAAUAGAGUUUCUCCACAUGCCCAUCAUCCUUGCACCAGGCCAGCUUCCCAUAGCAAAGCAGCUCUGAGCCCUCCAGGGAGGCAGAGGGGGGCUUUGUGUAGCCAGAGAGAGAAGAGGGGCUGUGGGGUGGCCAGGAAGGGGCCGCACCGAGUUUCCCAGGGGGUGUGUGUUGUUUUUUUUCCUUUUUUAAUCACUAACACGUAACUCACCCGAACAGAUCCAGCCCUCUCAGCCAGGCUCACCCUACCCCAGCCCCCUCCCCAAACCCAGGGCAGCAGGAGCAUCCUCCGUGUCUCAUCCGGAUCCAGCCACCUCCAGCUCUGGCUGCACUGGGAGCGGUUCCCACCCUGUCCCCUGCAGCUGCCACCUGCCCCCCCUUCCCUCUAGAAAUGCUGUAGCUGAAUCGUAGUCUUUAUAUUUUCUUUUUAAUCUGCAAUCUGAGGUAGCGUAGUGAGUGUUGUGUAUUUAGUGGCGUGUUAUUUUUAAUUGCAGUAACUAACUCGUGGACAUCAGUAUUUUCAAUUUUCUCUGUAUCUUCUUUCCAUGUGGUCUGUGCUCCGAGUGUACGUGAAAUGAAAACACGUUUGCCCUUUCAAUGUGUCUAAUAUUGAAUUAUACUUAUAUAUUAUAUAUAUGCUUAUAUCCUUCUUAUACCCAUAUAGACCAAUGUCGAUGUGUUACACGCAAGUUUUAUACUCUAAUAUUUAUAUUGCUUUUUUUCUUUGGGAAAAAAAAUAAUAAAAUGGUUUCUUCUGAA